GUAUUAGCUGUUUUCAUAAACAACUACAAAAAAAGAGAAAUUUAAUUUCGUCUUCUUUGGAAGAGAGGGGGAACAAAAUCAUAAAUCAAAAAACAAAAACGUAAUUACAAAGUCACAACCACGUGGGAUAUUAUUUCGUUGCGAUAGUUUGACGUUGGCUUAUACGUUAGUUACACAUAUAUUUUCCUUUACAAGUGGUCAAUGUUUACAUCUCGACUAUGUAAAACAUGAACAUUUUGAAGACUAUACAAUAACUGUUAUUUCUGUAUAGUAUUUUAUUAUUGAAUGGAAUGUUCAGGUGUGACAUCCCACAUACCGCUUAAUGAUCUAUAGAUAACGAUGGCUCAUAUUAUGUUUUUUAAAACAGUUGUGCGCCAUAUGAUUACAUCUCCAGAAACAAAAACCAUUCUGCAAAAUGAGUGCACCAUUGAAAUCGAAUAAUAAAUGUAAUAUCCAUCCAAUUAUUGGAAAAGAUAAUAAUAUUAUUCUUGAAUUUUUGUUCAAAUUUUUCUUCCGUGAUGAGCCAUUAAAUGCAGCUGUAAAUUUAAUGAAUGAAAAAAACAUUAAUGAUAUUUUAAAAAAUCACUUUAUUCAAUUAUUAAACAAUGCUUAGGAAAAAAAGGAAAUUAAGUAUAUUGAAUAGAGGUAUAAUCAAUUGUGAGCAAGGUCGUGUUGAAACGAUGAUAGAGACGCCCUAACUUGUCGCUAUGGUGAUCCCGAAAAUCUCUGGGUCCAAGAGGGUCUCAUGAAUGCAGUAUCGCACGACAGAUCCAAGAACUAUAUUCAUUUUUAUAAUUUGAACUUAUUACAUCGAAAGAGGAUAAACAUAUAAAAAUAGUGUUCUUUUGUGAUUCAUCACCAACUUCAAUCAUCUGUCUACUUCAGUUUCCAUCGCACGUGUCUAGAGAUAUACACGGUCGCGUGGGAUAGAAUCCAACGGGACUCAAGUUAGAAUUAAAUUACUCAAAAUCAUAGAAAAAUGAGUGAGUUCGAGAAAUCCGUCUUCAGCAUAGUCCAAACUACUGCUGAAGAUAAACAAAUUGUCAUUGAAUUUUUAAGGAAAUUUUUCUUCCGCGAUGAACCUCUUAUUUUGAGUAUAGAUAUGCUGGAAGAUAUUGACUCACUAGCAAAACUUGAGAACUACUGUUUUCAAUUUGUGGAUAAUGGGUUGGCGUUUAAAGCAAUAUCACCUAAUGGAGAGUUAAUGGGUGUAGUUUUGAAUGAUCUGACAAGCAAAAAUGACCGCGAAGAAAAUACCACGACUAAUAACGGACCAGGAGAUCACACCAAGUUUAAUUAUAUUACAACACUUUUAGAUAAAGUCGAACGAGAAGCCGAUGUAUUCUCAAAGUAUCCAAAUGUUGAUCGUAUAAUGGACAUAAAAAUAAUUUCGGUGGAUAAAUCUUUUAGAGGACAAGGAGUAUGCAAAGCCCUUAUUGAUAAAACAAUAGAACUGGCGUUAGAAAAGAAAUGCCCCAUGGUUUAUGUGGAGUGUAGCAGUUAUUUUUCAGCAAAAGCGGCAGAGAGACUUGGAUUUGAAUGUAUAUACACUUUAAAUUUUCGAGAUUAUGUUGACGAAAAUGGGGAAGUCAUUUUUAAGACUUCUUCUCCUCACGAAUCUUCAAAAGUUUACGUAUUAAGUUUAUACACUCAUUAAAGCACCAAAAUAUUCAAAUUCAAAAGAGAUUGAUCAAUAAAUAAUAUGAAACUUUAUGAACA